AUGGCAGGCAAAAUGUUGGCAAAUUUAAAAAUUGGAUUUCUCGGCGCAGGUCGAAUGUCUCAGGCUUUGGUUCGUAGUUUGAUUGAACGUAAUGUUGUUUCGUCGAAAGAUCAAAUCAUGGCGAGUGAUGUCGAUGAGAACCAACGACGAAUCGUCACUUCUCAACUAGGUAUUGAAACAACAGAUGACAAUCGGCAAGUUGUCAAUAAAAGUGAUCUUCUCAUACUGGCUGUUAAACCCAAAGAUGUUGAAGGUGUUCUGAAACAUAUAAAUGAAUCAUUGCUUCCAGAAAACCAUUUACUCGUCUCAAUUGCUGCUGGUAUUCGCACAACAACGAUCGAACAAGCAUUGAAACCGAAAAGUCGUGUCAUACGUGUCAUGCCUAAUGUUGCUUGUUUAGUUAACGCCAGUUGUAGUGUUUAUUCUGCAGGACAAUCAGCAACUGCAGAUGAUCGGUCGAUGGUAAAUCAAAUAUUUGCAUCCAUCGGUUCAUGUGAAGGCGAAAUUGAAGAAAAUUUACUUAAUGUUGUCACUGCAUUAAGUGGUAGUGGACCAGCGUAUUUUUCUGUUAUAGCUGAAGCACUUGCUGAUGGUGCCGUAAAAGCUGGUUUAAGCCGAACAAUGGCAUUAACAUUAACUAUCAAGACAAUGAUGGGUACAGCACAACUUCUACUAGAUAAAAAUCAAUCAUUUCAUCCCAGUCAGCUAAAAGAUGCUGUCGCUAGUCCAGGUAAGACUGUGUCCGAUCUGACCGAUGUAUAUAUUUAUGCUCAUAAAGGUGGUACAACAAUUUAUGGACUUCAAAUGAUGGAAAACGCUGGCAUUCGAGCAGCUUUGAUGGAAACGGUGUCUGCAGCAACGAAUCGGGCAGCUCAAUUAGAAUCAUAA